AUGAAAAUCCUCUUUAGAAACGGCACGAUCGUCCCCGGCUCCGCAGUGACAGACUCGCUCUGCACCUGCAUGAUCAUCGAAGACGACCGUAUCGUCUACGUCGGGAAUGAUGAGCCGAUAUCGCUCGAAGGCUACAAGGUCGUCGACCUGGAGGGGAAGAAGAUUCUCCCAGGCUUCAUAGACGGACACAUGCACCUCCUCCUCUUCGGCGCCUCACUCUCCAAAAUCGACCUCAGCGCCUGCACCUCCCUCGCCUCCAUCCGCUCCACCAUCCAAUCCGCAGCAGCAGCCCGCCCCAACGCCCCCCGCCUCUUCUGCCGCGGCUGGAUGCACUCCAUGACAGACGGCGCCGCCCUGGCAAACAUGCUCGACGACCUCGACCCCCGCCCCAUCUUCAUCGACUCCAAGGACCUCCACUCAGCAUGGUGCAACACGCCCGCGCUGCGCGAACUAGGCGUUCUCGACUCCACAACAAGCCCCCCUGACCCCGCCGGAGGCGUUAUCCACCGCGAUCCGCUCACCGGUAUCGCAACGGGUCUCCUCAGCGAAACAGCAGCUGUGAAUAUCGUCUGGCCGCACGUCGCCAAAGUAGCCUCCCCAGAUGAGAAAUUGGCCUUUAUCCGCGAUGCGGUCAGUGCGUAUAAUGCUGCAGGCUACACAGGCAUGAUCGAGAUGGCGACGGACGAGAACCUCUGGGAGACGAUGCGACUCCUUCGCGCGCGCGAACCCGUACCCAUCCGUCUCGCCGCGCACUGGAUCAUCGCGCCUAAGGAUAGUGAGGAGGAGGUGUUGGCGCAGGUUGAUCGUGCUAUCGCGCUACAUAAAGAGUUCAAUCGCGAGACCUCGCCUGAUUUCCGCAUAGCAGGGAUAAAGCUCAUCUGCGAUGGUGUGGUGGACGCUUGCACAGCUGCGCUGGUAGAACCCUACGCUACGACCGAUACAACAGGCGAUAUGCUCUGGGACCCCGCCAUCCUGCGCAAGGUGGUGCACCGCGCUGAUGGCGCAGGUCUGCAGUGCGCGUUGCACGCUAUCGGCGACGCGGCCGUGCAGAUGGCGCUCGAUGCGCUGGAGUCGUGCUCUGCCGUCAACGGCGCCGGGUCUCGCGAUCGCCGGCAUCGUAUCGAGCAUCUGGAGCUCACGCGGCCGGGGGAUGCGGCGCGGUUGGCUAAGCUGGGCAUCACGGCGUCUGUACAGCCUGUGCAUGCGGACCCUGCUAUUCUCCGCGCGUGGCCGAAACUGCUCGGUGAGGAGAGGUGUCGUCGCGCGUUUGCGUACCGUGAGUUUGUGGAUGAGGGGGCUAACCUGGCUAUUGGGACGGAUUCGCCGACUGCGCCGCAUUGGCCGCUGAGGAAUGUGUAUACGGCUGUUACGAGGCGGUCGGCGAGGGAGCCGGAUUCUCACGAGGUGGUGAAUAAGGGGUUUGCGCUGGGGUUGAUGCAGGCGGUUGGGGCUGCGACUGCUGGGUCGGCGUAUUCGUGUUUUGCGGAGGCUGUGGUGGGGCGGUUGGGGGUGGGGAUGAGGGCGGAUUUUGUGGUGCUUGAUAUGGAGUGGGGAGAGGGGGGUUACUUGAUGCUGUUGUGGAGGAGACGUGGUUUGGUGGGGGAUGUGUUUAUCGGAGGUCGUAGUGUUGAGGUUGGAGUAUACUACCAGUAG